GAUUUUCACACUACGGUGAAGAAAUAAGAAACCAAUUUAUUUUAGUAACAAAUCAUCUGUGAAUUUUAUUGACCUUUUUAUUAAUUUUAAAGAUAGUUACUAAUAACUCAGUAAAGUCUAUAUUUCUAAUACUUUAAUUUUUUUUAAUUUUAUCAAAUAUAACUCAAAUGCUCCAAUCCUCAACCAUAUUAGAAUAAUAAUUUUGAGAAUAACAAUAUACAUUCAAAUUUAUUGUAAAAUAUACUUGGAAGUUUAGAAAAUGGAUGAAGAAGAAGAUGAUGAACCUCAGCCACAAAAGUAUGGAUUCUCAGUUGAAUCCAAAUUGGAUGAAGACCAUCUAUUCUAUCUCCAAUUCACAAAUAAUUUUAUAAGUAAUGUCACAAGACCAAGAGAUUACGAUCACUGUGUGAGAUGGCUGGAGCGGUUGGCGGGAGAGCCGAUGUAUGGCAUAGAGGCAAAGCGCAACCGCAACAUGUACCUGGCUCAGCUGCUGAUCGCCAUGCAGGACAACAAGAUCAUAGGGCCCUUCUCCGGCCCCCCUCCCCAUGGUAAACUCCCAAACGCAGCUGAAGCAUUUGGACUCGCCCCUAAACAGGAAGAUGAUGGGGGAAUCAUAGAAGAUCCAGACCGAGAGCUGAGCAUGGCCGACUACCAGUACGAGUCUGAGGAUGGCCGACUGUACGUGGCUUCAUGCGCUCUGCCCAACAGCAGUGGAGUGAUGGCUUAUGUCGGCCUGACCUUUGGCGGCGGAGAAGGCCUUUGGCUCAACAAGGAUGGCCAGCCUAUAAGACAAGAAGAAGUUCUGGGGAAUGAAGAUAGCAUGAAGGCUAUAACAACAGAGACAAGAAUCAAGAAACAACUUGAAUAUUUGCAAGAGUACAUUGAUGCCCUGAAAUCGCAAGGGGAGAGUGACGAAUCAGUGAAGCAUGCGAAAGACGCUUACCGCUUCUUGAUUGGUUUACCGGUGACGCGGUCAGACAUUGACGUUCUCGAAGUCGGCAGGUACCGACUCGCAAAGGACCACCGGGAUAUUAUCGAAGAUAUCUACCCCAAUGAAAUGGUUGAAUGGAUACAAGAUCUGCUGGUGAAGAGCAAAAAGGAUAUCGAGCAAAGGUACAGAUUGAGACUUGACAGAAUAAUCGGGCCUAUGUAUCAAUCUUAUGCAGAAGAAGUAGAAAAAGGUCUGAAAAAAUUCAAGGAAGCAAGAUUGGUGUGGCAAGAGGUUCAUGAGGUAUUAGCUGAGCUGAAAGAAACAAUGGACGAAAGAGAUGCCAAAUUAGCGGCUGCAUCUAAGGCUCACGGUUCCAAAGAUAAUUCUACAGCUGAACCACUCUUGAAAUCGCUCCAGGAGUCGGAGGCACGAAUGAAGAAAAACCGAUCAAUUGCUCAAGAAUUGAAUGACAAGAUAGCCGAGCUACACAGGAUAAUACACGAUAGUGCAUUGUUCCAUAUGCGAGAGCUGGCUAAAAUGAAUUCGGACAUAUCCAACCUGUCACUAGAAAUUUGCGUCUUACGUAAGGAGAACAAAAAGAAACUGACCAUCAUCAAAACACUAAAUUUGAACAAGGAAAAUAUAUAAUAAUCUGAAUUAAAUCAAGAGAAACUUUUGAGAUGAUGAAUAUACGAAAAUAAUCUGUCCUGUCGUGUGCAUCGUUUUUGUAAUGUCUUAUGAAAAUUUGUCCUAUGUGCUGAAUAUAAGCGCUUUGUGUUUGUCUCAAAUAAAUUGAAUGUAUCACUCUUGAGAA